CUGAAGAGUAAAAUCUGACAAGAUCAGUGUAAAAGAAGCCAACUACAGGCUGAAAAAUGGAUGCUACAGCUACUACCGACAGCGUCACAUAUGAAAAAAGGAAUACACAAGCUGUAAAACUCAUAAUGCCUUUUGAAAUUGAAGAAAAUCUAGAAGAUGCAGUGGUAAUGGAAGGGAGUACAGCCGAAUUGGAAUGUAAAGUAAACGCAUACCAGUCUACAACUGUCUGGUACAAAGAUGGAAGUCAGAUAAAACCUAGCGAUCGAAUAAAAGCUGUAACCGAUCGGAAAUGGAGAAGACUUGAAAUAGAAAAUGUCACUGAAGAGGACAGUGGAUUAUACAGUGUGUUGAUUAGAAACAGCUAUGGGGCAUUAUACUCUAAAGCAAAUUUACAAAUAGGGUCAAAAAAAUACCCAAGCAUAUAUACCUGCCCUUCCCCAAGACAAGGUCUCUCAGUUGUUAAACAAUUGUCAAAUGUCGUGAUAAAUUCUGGGGAGAGAAUAGAGUUAGAAGUAGAAAUCAAUUCUGAUGUACUAGAAUUUCAAUGGUUUAAAGGGGAUACAGAAAUAAAACAGAAUGAACGAACUAUAAUACUAAACAGCGCAAAUUCGUCAGUUAUCUCGAUUCAUUGUGCCAAAGUAACAGAUACAGGAGUUUAUACUGUUGUUGCUAAAACAAAAUUUGGUGUAACAUCUUCUACAACUCAUGUUGAAGUUAUAGAUAUGGAUUUAAAGUCUUAUCAUAAUGAAAUGCCGAUAAUAGAAGAGGUUUUACCCGAUAAAGUUGAUGUAAAUGAAUUUGAAGAAGCGAGGCUUAUCUGUAAAGUCCGUUAUGACUCAAAUACGGUUAUAAAAUGGUUUAAAAAUGAUGUUUUAAUAGAGUGCAAUGAAACAUUAAUAACUGAAGAGUAUAGUGGUGAAUACAUAGGAUUAAGAAUACUUAAUGCAACUCCAUCUGAUUCUGCAGAAUACUCAGUGAUAUUAAAAAAUAUGUUAAGUGGUCACUCUGAUUCUUCGGCGUCAUUUGUUACUGUUACUCAUAGCCCUAUGUUGAGCCCUCCACUAGUUUUACUGCAGAGGCCGUUGGUGUCCUGCGUCGCAUGUUGCGGCAGCAGUGUAACCUACGACUGUAGCUUUGAGCUCGUGGACACAAGGCUUUACUACGUGGUUUGGUUCGUCGGUCAUUUCCGUAUAGAGAGGAGCAAUUCCCGGUUUGAUGUUGUGUGCCAUGACGGAGAAUUCCUUCUUCACAUAAAGAAACUAGAGCCGUCGAUGUCCGGGGAAGUAGUCUGUGAAUUACGCAAGGCUUUGCCCAGCAAGAGAUCGAUAUUCGUCUCCAGUGCAUCAGCACAUUUAGCCGUGGUGCCACCAUCAGUACUCGAGGAUGUGAAGAAGAUGUAUCCAGGGUCGAAACCACCGCAUCAUAUAAGGUUUCAGGAUCCUGAUCUUGGCGUUUUAGCCUCUGGUACGACACAUUUAAACGGAUCUAAUACCAAUGGUCAUGAAAACGGCGAGAAAUGUUCACCGGAUGAUUUUUUAAUGCAAAUUAAGUACUGCAGGUUGGAAAACGAUAAUUUCUAUUACUUAGAUGUGUUGAGAUCAGAAUUAAUGGCGUCAGUUCAAGUCACGGUUAAAAACAAAGAAUCAGAUGUCACGAGAAACAGCCAGGUGAAAACAGUAUUGGUGGAAUGGCCGGACCCUCACCUUCAGACCUGGUAUGCCAUAGACCUAAAAAACCAGGAAUUCUUAGAAGUGGGCGUGUCAAGUUAUCCGUCCUUCGAGAUACAUGAUCCUCUUGUGGGAAAACCCUUGGAGUUCCGUAUAAGGGCAGCAGUACCUAUGGACGGGCGUCUUAGUGAAGUUCAGAUAAGUAUAGCUCCAACCUCGCCCGCAGCAAAAGUUCGCACUUUGAAAGAGAUGGCCUCCUUCGACUCCUGUUUCCUAAACACUGGUCACGUGAUAGGCAGUGGGGCUUUCGGCAGCGUCGUUCUAGUCCUGGACAAGUCUCCCCCCCAGCAGUUCUACGCCGCCAAGUUCUUGAAGACCAGGAUACAGAAGAAAAGGGAGAGAGCGCAGAGGGAGUAUGACAUAAUGAAGGAGCUGAACCACGCGAAAGUGGUGGAACUGAUUGACGCUUUUGUGGCUGAUGGGUCGUUUGUGUUCGUUAUGGAUUUUCUGUGGGGGGGUGAACUCUUCGACAGGAUAGUGGAAGAGGAGCACAUCAAAGAAAGCGAUGUAGUGCCAUAUGUACGUCAGAUAUGUGAAGCCCUGCAAUAUCUCCAUCGGCUCAAAAUUGCACAUUUGGAUCUUAAACCUGAGAACAUCAUCUGCCUCAGUCCAAACUCGACUCAGAUCAAGAUAGUGGACUUUGGUAUCGCCAGGGUGCUGGAGGAAGGUCACGUGACCCGUAUCAUGUAUGGAACAAGGGAUUAUGUGGCUCCUGAAGUGCUGAACUUCGAGCAGGUGACCUUCGCGAGCGAUAUGUGGAGUAUGGGAGUCGUCACGUAUAUGCUAUUAUCAGGAGUCAUGCCAUUUGCUGGAGACACCUGGCCUGCUAGGUCAGCCAACAUAACCAGGGCAAAUUACAACUACGACGAGACAGCGUUCAAGGACAUCUCCGACCUGGCCAAGGAUUUCGUCGACCACCUCCUGAUCUUGGGGGCAGAGAAGAGGAUGACUGCUGCAGAUUCCCUGAACCAUAGGUGGAUAGUCGAUGGGCCACCAAAGGGUGCUAAGGCUGGUCAUAUGAGAAGGGCUCGAGAGAAUCUUAAGUCCUACCUGGCUAAUUACAGGGCUAGAUGGCAGAGAGCUGGUAACGUGAUGAUAGCAGCCCACAGACUGAGAACUCAAGCCAGCAAUAGAAGCAGUCUGGAAAGAGCUUCACCUGACACUGACACCUAGACUGACCUGUCAAUCAUAGAUGUAGAAGACUUCCCAUUCUUAACCAUAGA